CAGAAGAUGGCAACAAGCCACCCCGCGGCAUUUUCGGUAGAGGCAAAGCUAUGCAGGAACAAGCGAACACUCACACUGUCACUGUGCCUCUGCUUACGCUCCUCUCGGUUGUGCAUGUUUGUUGUAUUAACGUCGUAAGUACUAUCUACUCUAGUGUCAUGCUCAUGUCCUCGGUUCCGACAGAUGGUGCUCGGUCGUCAAUUCCCUCGUGCUCGUGCUUUGUCCACCACUAAUCUGGCAAAUGAAUUGCCACCACUCUGUGCCUACUUUUACCAAAUACUUACUCGCGUACGCAGGAGAUGUAGCAGUAGCUUGUCACUCCACUUCAUCAGCAGCUUUCCAUGUAGUUGUAGUAGCUUCGCUUUGUAAAUUGUAAGUAGUUCCCCCUUGCAUGAUCCAGAUCCUUUUUCGUUCAUAUAAUAAAUAGUGGAAAGCAGGAGUGCUAGUGCAGACACCCACGCGCAGAAAAAUGACGUUCACCUUCCAUUUCGCCGGCGGCCCGGAGCAGCACGAUUUGAAACAGCAGACCACGUAUCAAGUGUAAAAAUGUCUGGGUCUGUAAGAAUGCAACUUGUCAUGCUAAAUCUGAAGCAUGCAAAAAUCUGUGCUGCAUGAUUACCAAAAGUCGUCCAGUUUUGACCAAGUCGCGAGGGAGUUUCUCAUGCAGAAUAGGCAUGAGAGGGAUCGCACAGAAUCUGUCAUGCUAGGUCCUGCAUUCCAGACCUCAUGGGUCAUGGAAAAGCUGCAUGACAAAUCGCGCAUUCUUCCAGACCCAGACACUUUUGCACUUGAUACCACGGUCGGCUCUGGACCCCACCAGGUGGCGAUUAUCGACAGCCGGCACCUGGCGGCCAACCAGGCCAUGGCGGAGGAAGUGGCGAAACGGCUCUGCCUGCGGGAUGAAGACGUCCACGGGGACAAGAACUCCUGCACGGUCGUUUUGUUGAUGCCCUCCGCGGAAUCCCGGCCGGAAUUCAUCUCCUGUGCCGAGGUGGCUAUGAACGCCCUAGAGGCAGCAACGUCGUUGUUGACGAAAGUGACCAGCACUAUGGAGGCGGAAAAUAAGUCGGGCAAGGAAGUAGAGAUGAACCCGACUGAGAAAUUGAAAGUUUGCUGUCUGGACAGCUACUACAGUGACCCGGAGAUGGCGCUGAGGUACUUGCUGCUGCCCAGAAAUAAAACAUCAAACCCGGAAGGAGGUGGUGGAGAAAAAGACCACAAGCCUGUGAAAAUUUACGGGAACCGGAAGCAUUUACUCCAAAUGUUCUACAAGUUUUUCAAUGCCGCCUACAAACGGCGCGCCUUCACGAACACGGCCGUCGCGCACGGCUGGGAGAAGCAGCAGGACGCGAUUGACACACUCCUGAAAUUUCUCCGCACUGCGACGAAGGACGAAAUCGUCGUGCCUUCGAAACUCGGAAAGCCGACCAUGGUAGCCAACACGCCCAAGCUCGAAGACGCGGACGAGGAACCAGCUUUUGCACAAAUGAAAGAGAAACACAAAAAUCAGUGUUGCCCGCCGGGGCCGCACCGCCCCGCGAUCUGGCAUUUUCAGAAGGACGUCGCGGGCCUGACCAAAGAAGACUUCACCGAGAAGGUGGGCAAGACGCACUACAUAGACAACGAGUACGUGGUACUGUUCUGCAGACCGAGUGAUUUUUCCGCCGAGGAGAAGUACACAAAGUUCGUAAGCGCACUCUCGGAGUUGAAUGACGCCCACAUGGACAGCAUGACGUUUACGGUGGUGAUGGUCUUAGACGUAUGCUGAGCAAAACCGUUCCCACCCCUUUAGGUAGUCAAGCCGCAUCACAAAUCCGGGACCUUAUCGUUAUCCUCAUUCUACUAGCAUGACAAACUACCCGAUUUUUGCAUUGGAAAAUGGCCCUCAUGGGGCUGCGCAUGAGAAACAUUUUAGGCAUGCCACUUCGCACGACAAGGCUGAGAUUGUUGGGACGUUUUUCCAAAGGAUAAGACGACCACGAAAAGAGCCCGCUCGACGCCUUCACGAAGAAUUUUUGGUUUUUGCCCGUCAUGAGUCGGUUGAUAAAUUUCUGCCACUUGUGCAUCUUCUGUUCAAAAAACGAAGAGGAGUUGUUGAAAGAAACGUUCGCACACGUUGGACAGACAGAGCACGUGGUGCAAUUGUUGCAGCACAACUUGGUGCCCUUUCCGCGCCUCCACUUCCUGGUCACGAUGUCCUGCGUCUCGCAUCACGACCCUGGAGCCGGCUUACAGAUUUUCGGGGAAAAAGCGGAAAGCGUCCUGCAGAAGCACGACGUGACCUCCAGCUGCGUGUCUUUCUGCGUCGCGAAUACGAAAGAACUCACAAUUUCGACAGGAGAAGGAGCGAGCGCAGCUGAGCAUCAUUUUCCAAAAGCCGCCGUGACCACGCAGGAAAUUUUCGACUUUGACAGAAAACUGCGGGCGAAAUUUGCCUGCACGCGUCGGAAAUGCAGUCCCCUGGUCGUCCCGUCCGCCGGGCCGGAGCUCCGGCGUAAGUCGCACAUUUUACGGCAGGUGGUGGUUAGCAGCAGCAGCUUUCCGGGCCUGAAACAGGUGUUUUUCCUCAUGCCGGGGAAAUUACUCGCGAAAAAGAUGUUUUUCCCGCUGUUGAAACAGUUCUCCGACGACGAGUCGCUGGACCUGGACAAUCCGCUGAAGUGGACCAACCCCGGGUUCGGGUUAGACAAGGCAAAAGCCAGUGCUUUAGACGACUUUGAACUGAUGGAAGCCGAGUCGAGCUUGAACGAUCUGCGGGCGGAGUACAGCCACCAUUUUGGGGAUUACGAAUCCGAGUCCGAAAGCAGUGCCGAGGACAACGAGUAUCUAUCGGAGGACGAAAUAAAUGCAGCACAGCACCAUCAUGCUGGUGGUGUGGGAAAUACAAAUAAUAAUGCGAAGCACAUGAACAUGAACUACAACAACAAAGACAACAAAGCCUUUACCAACGCUGCAGCCUCGAUUCGAGAAGAGUUUCUGCAAUUUUCCCACGACAUCGGGACCUGGAGCAAAAACUACCCGUUUGUCAAGUAUCAAGCAAGUUGAAGUUUUUCAAUAUCUUCAUCCACUCUUUCUCAUGCUUUUAGCUUUUACAUUUCAGUGUUUCUAUCGUCUUUGUUUUUUCUUGCACAGCACUUCACCUCCCUACCGGAAAUCUUCAAAUUUUCACACCACAUCAGGCCGGCCCUUCUGAUGGAAGGGAGCAAUCUCUUUCUCGCUUGCUGUGCGCCGAACUACGAGACCCGAACCAAAGCGAUGAAGAAAGAUCACGAUGGUGAAGUUGUAACCACAACUGAACACGAAGCUGCGGACAAUAAAGCCACUAACAAAUCCUCCGUGGUCUGUUCGAAGGAGCGGUGGUUUCAGGUGGUGCAGAAGAUUUGCGAGGCUCUGUGCUCUACACUGGAGGACCCACCGGAGCUGGAGACCGAGUGCACCGCGGAGGAGUUCGCGAAGACGGACCGAAAUCAGGACGGUGUCGUCCAGGCCGAGGAGUUUUUGCACCACGUGUAUCCACAGUAAAUUUCCUCUACACGACGGCGUUGUACAAAUGUGGCUUCUGCAUGACAAACUUUUCGUCCUUCAAACCUCUUCCGCGUGGGAAGUUACUUGUGGUGCAUUUUGUACGUGUGCGGGAAAUUUGUAUUGCAUAACGCGUUCGGGAUACUGUGCUGUUUCAACAAAGUCCGGGAGAUGGAGUGCAUAUCCGCCUUUCGGAAAGCAGAGGAAAUGGUGCAGAAAUUGUAAAUGGUAGCGGAUUAGAGAGCAGGUGCAGGACCACGACCGGCUUGAUCUGUGCUAUGAAUUGAAGAUCACAACGUGGACAAGACCUGCGCGAGCAGUACUAUACUUUAUCAGAUAUACUAACAUAAAUGCUAAUGCGCCGACAAUGCAACUCUUGUCUUGUAUGUCUUUGUACUCCUGUUUUCUUUUUCGAAUAUCUGAUGCGAAUGCGAUUACUGUAGCAGAUUUUCCUCUCCUCGACCUGGCGCUACAAGCAAGAGUUCGUCUCUUCUGCAAAAGAGUAUGUGGAUGUGUAUCGUCGAAUGUGAUAGUAUCACGCCCGCGCACGCACACCAGCUGAAAAAGCUUCACCUCUUUUAUCCAAGAUAAAACUCAACAGCAUUAACAUAGAUUCAAGCAAUUAUAUAAUCCUCGCAAUUGAAAUCAAGCAAUAGCAAGCUCGAG